CAGUCACUACAGAUAUUUCAUAAAAAAAAAAAAAAAUAUUAACUCAAAGUGUAUGAUUACAAAUAUUUCGAUCGGAUUGAAAGGGGUGGUUAAUCGAGAGAACAUAGCUUACACUUGAUCGAUUGAAAACGAAACUGAAAGGACGACAUAUGAACGAGCUGUUGUCCAGAUGAAUAAAAGUGUCAUAUUAAUGAUGGCCUGUCAUUAAUUCUCCUUUCACACAGGAUCAUGUAAUUUAGACAUGUAAUUUUAAUCACAGACUCGAGUUGAGUUAGUCCUGGUAAUGGAAUUGAUUAUUUGAUUAUUAUUUUGCUUUUCAUUGUUUUACAGCCUUAGGAGACAAGAAGAAAGAAAACUCUUGGAACAUUUAAUAUCGCUUUACUGAAAAAAACCCAAGGUCAUGAAGAUUCAUCAGUCUGCUGUGAUUCUGCUGCUGGUCGUGUGUGUGUCGUUCUCCACUCAUGCUCAACCACCACAUAUAAAGCCCCGCUAUCAAAAAUUCCUCAAUCAGCAUUUGGAUCCUGAUAUGAAUGAGCAGAAGUGUGACAGUGAAAUCAGAAAGAGAGACAUCAGUGGAACUGGAAAUGUCUGCAAACCUGUCAACACCUUCAUUCAAGCCAAUACAAAUCAGAUUAAAGCCGUUUGUGGCGGAGGAGGAACUCCACAGGGCGGUAACCUGUUUAAGAGCAACCAGCCUUUUCCUGUGAUCACCUGCAGAUUACAAAGUGGGGUCUAUCCAAAAUGUGAAUAUCGUAGAGGGAAGAAGUCCACUCGCUACGUUGUGUUGGGCUGUGAGCAAGGCUGGCCUGUACAUUAUGAAGAAGGCAUAGUUGAUCAUUCCAUGCGUGAAUUAUGAUAACCUCAGUUCAAGAUGUGUUUUUGCUAUGUGCUUUUAAUGGUCUUAGGGCACGAAAGACAAGAUAUGAACUUUUAUUGUUUCGCACAUUUGUGAC